UCUCUCUCUCUCCCGGCCAGGUAAGAAAACUUUCCCAGCUUUAUUUUUACCUGUAUGGCGUCACACGUAGGUAGCUUAACGCCCAACAGACGCCACAGGGAGAGUUUGUGAGCUCCAGGAGGGGAGCCAUGGCCGAAUCCCAGCUCAUGUGCAUGGAGGAUGGCCACAUCGGUGCCAAUGUCCCGGAGUCCAAACCGGAGUUUUACUACAGCGAGGAGCAGCGCGCGGCAAUCGAGGAGCUGCUCAAGAACGGCGAUGGCGCCUUCAAAAUGCGACUUAAAGAUGACAACAUAAAAGACUUUUUGUCUGCCAGAGAAGUCAAAAUGUUGAUGAACACUUUCAGACAUUAUGACUUGGGCAGUGACAGCAGCGACAGCAAGGCAUCGCCAUCUAGAUCCGAGCAGGGAGCGAUUGGCACCGAUGCGGAUUCGGGGGUCCAUUCCACCUACUGGCCCGCGAUGUCGGACACCGAGGUGCCGCAGCUGGAUAUCGGCUGGCACAACGGGGGUUUCUUCAAAGGGGUAACCCGGGUGGCUGUGCACACACACCCGCCCAAAGAAAACGGACCUCACAUCAAGGAGGUUGUGCGCCGACUCAUCCAGGAGGCCAGCAAGGUGAUAGCAAUAGUGAUGGACAUGCUCACAGACCCCCAGAUCUUGCAAGACCUGAUGGAUACAGCCUCCCGUCGCUCCGUGCCCAUUUACAUCUUAUUGGAUGGCAGUGGUGUGCCACAUUUCCUGGAUAUGUGCUCUAGACUGCAGAUUGGCUCACAGCACCUACAGAACAUCCGAGCCAGAUCGCUUCAGGGAGUCGGCUUUGGUUUGUCCUUCGGCAGACUGCCUGGUUCACUCUGUAAUAGGUACAUGCUAGUGGACGGGGACAAAGUUGUGUUUGGCUCGUACAGUUUCUCCUGGUGUACGUCUCGCAUGGACCGGAACAUGAUCACUGUGAUGACGGGGCAGGUGGUUGACUUCUUUGACCGCGACUUCCGUGAGCUUUAUGCCAUCUCUGAGAAGAUGGACCUUUACAAGGAGUUCCAUCUCACCCCCCCUGCUACUAACGUGGCCGCGACAAUACGCUCCAAAGCGGGGCCCAAACGCCCGCCUUUACCAGCAACCACAUCCCGCUUCCAGGUUACCUUAGGGGAUUCACGGAAAGAUGGCAUCCAGGUGCCUGCACACAAAUACUACAACCCAAAAUACUUGCUGGUGUAUGGGGACAACCCACAUCCAAGGGGGUCUCUGCAGGAGCUCAGACCUAAAGGAGGGUCAACUCUGGCUGAGGUUGCUGAGGAGAUGGACUCAGGAAUGCCACGACUGACCAGCAGUGAGAGGAUGGACCGGCUGAGUCGUCUGCCUUCAGAAUCCCCAAGCGAAAGCUUCAAGAGUCCAAAUGGAGUGACGCAGAACAAGAAGGAUUGGCUCAUAUUUAAGAAAUUCUCCAGGGGAAAAUCGUCAAGUAAGCUUUCGGUUAACAGCCCGGCAGGCAAUACUUGUCCUUCACCCACAGAAACCAAUAGGACUGAUGAGAACGAGGAUAACUUUGAGGUUAUCGUGAAAUCUCCAUCCAAAUGGAAGAGUAAGAAGCCUUCGAAACUGAGCCGGAGGACAGACUCAGAGCAAACUGUCAACUCUGCACACGACAAUGAGAGUGUUAAGCGUCGAAGUCGACAAAAACAAACCUGUAAAACGUCCUGAGGAGAUCCUGCCUGCCCUUGAAGGAACACAUUCUUAAAAUGUAUUACAUAGUGACUUCCUUUAAACCAUUGAUUGUGCAAUAUUGUUUAUCCAGCGCCUUCCAGAAAGACCAAUUGAAUGUACAGUAUGUAUGUUAGGUGCCAAAUGUAAAAUUAAUAAUUGAAGUUUUGUGGUAAGUCUGUUGCCCUUGUGUGGAGCAGAAAGCUUUGAGAUAUUUCCUGGUGAUCACUUGCAUCUUGAUUCCUCUGAACAUCAUUGGGGCUUGAGGGGUUUAGGGGUGACCGCCUCCUUGCUGUGCACUCGAGUGCAUAGUGGUAUGUUGUGAGAGCACAAAAUUUGAAGCAAGUUUGCCCCAAUAUUCUUUGGCUGUUAAGAUAAUGUAAAAAAGCAUCAAAAUCAGGAAUCAUCUAUAACCCUUAACCACACCUGUCCUUUCAAGAGCGGACUAUGCUGCAAAAUCCAAAGAUGGAUGAGAACCACUCUGAUCAUGAGACACCUAGAGCAGGAUGUUGUCAGACUUUGGAUGACUCUUACUUUUGCUUCUCCCUAAUAAUA